UUCGAAAACACAUUUACUCAAUUAGGCAUAAGCACUUGAUUACUCAGGAGGGAGAAACCGUCCGGGUGAUCAUCAAGAAUUAUGUUGGGGUCUGAGAAAAGAAAUGGAGGUGGAGGGGGGAAUUUGCUCAGGCGCCUAAGCAGCUAAGAUGUUAUGAGCACGUGAUGAUGACGAUUCUGUCUAACUUUAAGAGGAAAGAACAGGGCGGGACGGGGUGGAACGGUCCGGCAAAGUUUGACUUUACAUUUUACCAACCUCUUCGUACUUCGUACCGAUAUAUCUAAAAGCAAAUCUACUUCCCAAACCAUUCCACAUUCCCAUAGCCACCGAAAUCAUGAUUUUUACAACUUCCUAAAGCAGGUAUCUACCCUGGUUAAGCAAAUCGUGUAUGGUCAAACGCGAUAUCUAUCCGUUCUGACUAAUAAUAUGGGAUGCAUACACCCGAGAGUUCUAUCUAGAGAUCGGCAUGACACACUUUCAAAAGCUCCCGCAGGAGUUACAGCUCCAUAUUGCUGAGUUAUGCACUCGAUCUACGUUGCUUUCCCUUUUGAAUACCUCAAAAGCCCUUCACCAACUUCUCACUCCUGUUCUCUACCGAGUGAUUGAUCUCAGCUCACACAAUGGCCCCGACAUCAAUCUCCGGGUACCCUCCACCAGUGUUCCGUCGGAUUGGCCCGUAAACCGUGAUAACCCUAUUGAUGGCACUGUGUAUGACAAGCAACGAGCACUUAUCAGAACGCUACGGUCGCAUCCAUCACUAGGCCAACAUGUCAGAAUUCUUCGUUGGACGACUGUUGAUUAUUCGCAACAUGUUGAGGAAAACGAGCUUAUGCCACUCUGGGAUCAAUAUAAUGAAGGUAUAAUUUCACGAAGAAAAUUGAAGACGUGUUUAGAGGAGUACACCUUCAAUAACUGCACAUCGCGUCUCUGGGAUACAUUUACUACAUUCGCUCACGUUCUAGAGGUCGAUAUCGCGUUCAUGGGGGCCGAUUACAGGGAGGCCUAUCCACCCCCUCCAUUGUUUCAACAUGUCCAGUCUCUGCGGUUAUCGGGAAUGGCCUCCUCAUUUCUGAUCAGGUCGAUUCUAAAAUCCACCAAUCCUGGAUUGCUCCGACACUUGCAUCUUAAUAAUCCGAAUCGUUUUGCAGAACUUGAAGGCUUACAAGAAGAACUACCGCUUCGAGAGAAGGGGAAAUUGAGACCUUUUCCACAACUGAGUAGAAGUGCGGGUCCUAUGCGCACGCACCUCUUAGAAUGCUAUGACAAAUGGUGUAACCUACAAAGCCUAAUAAUCGACACAGCAGGUCUCUCUGGACCCGGACCAGAUACGUUAUCAAUAACAGACAUUGAAGCCUUAGAAGAUGAGAGUAUACGUUACCGAGAGCUCGGUACACUCAUCAGGUUCGUAGCGAAUAAUCUUCGAGUCUUUCGAUUCCAGCAAGGGUCGACUGAGGAAAAGCAUCGAAAUGGUUGGCGCCCUCCACCCCACGUACGUUGCGCAGGGCCGUUCCCUCCUCGAGACGGCUUGCGCCCAAUGGAUGCCCUCUUCCAUCAGCAUAUCCUAAGCGCUAUUUUAGAGAGCACGUGGCCUCGACUAGAACAGAUGGAACUCUUCGGUGUGUCUUCAUAUACGUGUUAUAUAAAUCGAGAAGGGGUACCAAUAAACCGUCCACUACCUGAUGAGACGCUAUCGCGGAUAAGGACGAUAGUUGGGCUCGGCCCUGUGCUUGAUAUACGACCUGAAGCUACGAGACUCUUCUGGCUUGCAGACAGCUCAGAAGGCUCAGGAGUAGUAGAGGUCGGUUCAGACGAGUGGACCGAGGAUGAGGAAGACAGUGAGAGCGAUAUCGAAGAGGAAAGCUAGCAAAUUUAUCCUUCUCGGUCAUUGGAGCUAUUCAAUUUACAGUAGGGCCCGCCAACGAUGAGCCAGCAAGUAUUCCGAUGCCGUACGUCAGAUAUCGCAGGAUGAAACAACCAUCGCAGCCAACUUCGUUUUCCGCUCAGUUCAUAUACAUCAGUCACCCUAGACAGCCGUUCCCUAGAAUUUAUCGGAAAUAAUAAGUCCCAAUGAAUUAUUACCCAGGACAAGAGGCUUCCAUUGGAAUUAUUCCAUGCAUACCGGGUCUAGAGUAAGCGAAAAGUCUGGAGCAGUACAGCUAGUAUAGUAGGC